UUUUUUUUUGUUUUUUAAUUAAUUUUUUUUGCCACGUGGCACAAAUUUAAUGGAUCAAUAGAUGAAAAAUUUAAUGGAUGUAUUAUAUUGAAUAAAAUAGUAUUUGAGGUAUGAAAUUGAAAUGUUUUGAAGAUGUUAUAUGAGGUUACAAUAAACCUCAAACCUGAGAUGGUAAAGUAUAAUUUUACUCAAAAAAAAUCUUCAAUUAAAUCAUGAUCCUUCAUUUUUUGUACUAGUGAGUAGUCUAAACUGUGGAAGGAAAACUGCCACAUCUAAACUAUUUAAAAAUAAAUAAAAUAAAAUAAAAAAACGGAAAUAUAAAGGGAAGGCAACACAUGAAAUCCUACCAAACGGCAUCAUCAACAUAACGGCUACGUGGAAGAAGUGGAGCGCUGUUAGAAUUUGAAAUUUGAAAUUUAAGAGUGAAAAAAAUAAAAUAAAAAAAAAGAAGCGGAAAACCAAAAUCCUACAAAUGCUGAAGGCUUUUCUACUUCUUUCAAACACUCUUCUUGAAGCACCCACACGCUCCCAUCGAUCCUCAACUUUCAAUCCCCGAAAUUCCUUCUCCAGAUCAAAAGAUUACAGCACUUGAUUUCCUCAUACGCACUAGAAUCGAUUUCUUCAAGUCCUAAAAUUUUUUAGCCAGGUUGGUAUUCGAAAAUCUCCCCGAAGAUGAAUGAUCUAAUGACCAAGUCAUUCCUCAGUUACGUGGAUCUCAAGAAGCAGGCUAUGAAAGAUCUCGAGUCCCAACCCGACCUCGAAAUGGGGAAACUUGACGCCGCUGACGAACAGAACCUUGCCGGAUUUUUUGAACAAGUGAACGCAAUGAAGGCUGACAUGGAAGAGAUCACAAACCUCCUUGUUGAUCUUCAGGACCUGAAUGAAGAAACCAAGUCCACUCACAGUGCUAAAGUGCUCAGAGGGUUGAGAGACAGAAUCAAUGCUGAUAUGGUUACUAUUCUGAGGAAAGCGAAAAGCAUCAAAGCGAGUUUGGAGUCGCUUGAUCGUUGUAACGUGGCUAAUCGAAUUGUGUCUGCGGCCUACAAGGAAGGAAGCCCUGUUGAUCGAAUGAGGAUUUCCGUGACGAAUGGUUUGAGAAUUAAGCUGAGAGAGAUUAUGAAUGAUUUUCAGAUCUUAAGAGAACAGAUUGUUAAGGAGCACAAAGACGGUCUCAAGAGGAGGUAUUUCAGUGCCACUGGGGAGGAAGCGAGUGAUGAAGUGAUUGAUAAGAUGAUUUCAACAAAUGGGCAGGUCAAAACUUUCGAAGGAAAGGCGGAGCUGGUGAUGGAGAAUCAGGAAAGGCAUGAGGUCUUGAAGGACAUACAGAGAAGCUUGACGGAGCUCCAUCAAGUGUUCCUUGACAUGGCUGUGUUGGUUGAAAAGCAAGGCGAACAGUUGGAUGACAUCGAACAGAAUGUGGUUGGUGCUGGGGCUUAUAUUAAUGAUGGAACUAAUGCGCUUUCUAAUGCUAAGAAGAUGAAAAAGAGAAGAGGAAAAUGGGUUUGUUGGAUUGGCGCUGUUGUGUUGUUUAUUUUGCUUGUGUGCCUGGUUUCCAUCUUUGCUUAAUUUCUGAAAUUUUGGAGGUAAAAGUUCAUAUUCAACCAUGGUUUGAUUGUUACUGUAGAUGGAAUUUCGGCCGGUGGAUUGCAUCAUUGCUUUACAUUUGUCAUCUAGAAUGCAAUGCGUGAUGACAUGGAUCAGUUUUCUUUUCUGGAAUAUUUCUGAUGAAAUUUCUUCAUCCUUGCACGUCUUUUUUCUUCCUGUUGUUUGUAUUUUUCGGAAAGGAGGUUCUUUUGUUUGGAUAUGCUUGGCGUAGUUCUUACUUGUGAUCUGAAUGCCCUUUUGUAAUUGGAGAUUCAAUUUGUAAGAAUUGUUCAUUGAAGCUGAUGUUUGUUUCCUUUU